AAAAUAAUAAAAAAAAGAGAGAAAGUCAUAAAGAGGCACAGGAAUAAGGGGAAUUCGCGCUGUGUCCGUAAAAUUUGUGCUGAUGAAAUUAUUUAUGAGAAAUGUGUGGCAUGCAAUGAUGCCAAUGCGAAGGAGAGUCGGUAUAAAGCUGGAUUUGAGACUCAUGAUGAUGCAGCUGGUGCUGUUGUUCCUGCUGCUGCUGCAGGUUGUAGCACACGCAUCCGUUGCGGCCACGAAUGCAACAUGCAAACAUGCCACGAACAUGUGGGGCGAUCCCAAUCCCAACAUAUUCUACGUGUGCAACACGCUGGAUCAACGCCCAUUGCAAUUGCAUUGCCCACAGGGUCGUGGAUUUUUCAAUGGUCUUGGCCAUCUCGGCUGCCUACCCUACGACCAAUGGCCCGCUUGUCGGCCCAAUGCCACACAGCUGACCCGCAGCUGCAGCCGGGAGGUGGAGCAUCCCUGGGCCAGCAUCGAUCCCAAUCAAUUCUAUAUGUGUCCGGGUGCCGAUGCCAAUCCCAUUUUACUCAAUUGUGCUGCCGGCAGGGCCUUCAUUCAAUCCGUGGGUUGUUCAGCGGACUGGUCACACUGGCGUCGUCACAUGCACUGCGAAUCCUUUUUUUGAGCCUGCUUUUGAUAUGAACGCAAACUAAACGCAACAAACUGUGUGAAUUAAACUUGUGUGACAAAUGUGCAUAUGUUUAUGGACAUAUAUCCUUAGAUGUGAUUUUUAUUGUUCAGAAAUAACCAAACUCAUCGUGU